UAAUUUAAGGAUGUAGCAGUAGAAAGCGAGGAACUAUGCGGGAUCGCAUCAACUUCUUCAGACUCGAGCGGGACCCCAAUGACUUAUCUUUUGCAAAUCUGCGAGCUCAAACUGAUGACCAUGAAGCCUAUGAUGGCAGAGUUACGAUACUGGACGUCCAUUCAGGAGGCGACCAUGCUGACGAAAUGAAAAAGUUUUUGAAAGAUGCUCAGCAAGUUCGAGAUAAAGUUGUGGGUAUCGAAAGUAUUGUCAAUCAGAUACGAGGUUACCAUGGCAAAAUCACUGGAUCGGCUGCUAGAAACGAAGAUGUCCAUCAGAGCCUGAACCGAGCUAUGGAUGAGAUCAGGGAGAUGUUCGACACUGUCAAACAAGCCCUCAAAACACUCGAUGAGAAGUUCAAAGCUGUAAAAGCGGACGACUCCGACCAGAACCAUCGUACAUCAGACGUCAGAAUAAUGAGUUCUCAGUAUACGACUCUACAACGUUGGUUCUUUGAGACGUGGACAGAGUAUAAUGAGUGUCAGAGUGAUUACAGAGAGAAAUGCAAGGAGAAACUUACCCGACAGAUUCAAAUAACGGAAAAGAAAGUAACGCCUGCUGAGAUAGACGAUAUGAUAGAAUCUGGAAAAUUCACAGUCUUCUCUUAUAACGCACAAUUUCAACCGAAAGACAUGGAGGAACUAGAGACUCGAAGUAAAGACAUAACAAAACUCGCCGAAAGCUUAAAACAAUUGCACGAAAUGUUCAGAGACUUGGCGCUGAUGGUAGAGCAGCAGGGUGAGAUGUUGAACAACAUCGAGAAGAACGUGGAUCAGUCGCAUGAGCAUGUCAAGCAGGCUGAGGUUGAACUCAAAGAAGCCAAAGAAAUCACUGAUAAAACCAGAAGGAGAAAGGUGAUAUGUGCGGCAGUGAUACUGGCAAUACUGUUAAUCAUCGCAGUGGUUAUUGCGAUAACGAUUAAAUUGCAGUCAUGAUAGUGCCCAAAUUAUAGAGUAUACGUUUUUCAAUUUUUGAUAGUUCUGAUUUAUAGUUUAGUAAUUAGUUGAACGGGAUCAUGGAAACGUUUUUGUAUGACUGUGUGUGUAUUAUUAGUUUGAAUAUUAUGGGUACAUUUUUGACCCUGAGAUUUAUAUGAAUAUUGUUAGCUUUUCUCUUUAGUCUGGUCAGAUGUUUUCGGUUCUAUAAAUCUUGGAAAUGCUACUAUGAAAUGCAUUUCGUGCAUAACUGACCAGACUACAUGUUUUUAAAAUCGUUAAGUUUUUAACAAAACUGUUAAAUUAAAAACAGAACUGGAUUUAGGAAGUUAGAUAUGAACAGUUAUAUUUUUAGUCAGGAUAAGUGGGGGUACACUACACUUGUGGAUAAGUUUGCUUGAUUGUUGAUAAUAAUAAUAGUUAUUCGUUUUUGUGACGCACGAAAAAAUGAAUCGAUCUGCCGGUAAAUUUUGUUGUACAAGCCCGAGUUUAUGAUUGAUGGUGAUCUAAUGAUGUAAUAGACACGAAAUACGAGUUCUAUAAUGUAUAAUAUCACUUUAAGUUUAAGUCAAAUCGCUACUCCACGUAUGUAACAUCUUCGUUGUAUCAGUAUGUUUCUACAGAGCGCUUUUUUAGCAGAAGUUACAGUCUGUUAUAAUAGAACUUUAUUAUUUGUCUUCGUCUCUAUACAUUUGACAUUGGUUAUUUUCUGCAGUACUGAAAUUGGUUCAGCUAGUAGGUAUGUAUCACAGUUUUUAUUUUUAUAGCGUUUUUCGUGUUUUCUACGCUUUAGUUUUCUGUAUCAUUUCUGUAUCAUUCUAUAGAAUUUUUAAAGUUUCCAACAACCGACAAGUUCCAGUAUAUACCAUUGUAUACAAUACGUUAUUUAAUCCAGUCUGUAUAUUGUCAAGAUUUUCUAUUUUAACCGGUCUCGUUGCCAUGGCGAAUGGGUUGCGUUGAAAUACCAUCUAAAUAAAGACAGUUUUGUCGCCCUCAGAGGGCUAAGUUGUCUGGCAACCAAAUAAGGUUUGAUAAAAUUUUGCGAACUAAAUAAAGUGUGGUACCUUAGGAACCAUAAAUUUAGUAUUUUUUUAAUUUUUAAUUUUAAUUUUUUAAAUAGGCAACCUACUAAAACCAAUGGAGCCCUCCCCGGGGUCAUUCCUCUCGCAUUUGCGAGGGUCGUCCUAAAGGUGUAAAAGGAGGUCAGGAUUUGUUACCACCAAGUUCUAACAUCGCUAUUUGCUGACCAUCGGCCUUCACUGAAGGCCGACCGUCAGCAUGGGAUGCAGGGCCAAGUGGGAAACAACGUCAAGGCCCCUUUCUACUUGGGCCAUGUUGGUUUUGCAGCAGAUAUUGUGGUAAUAAGAUAUGAGUGAAAAGAAGUGAGAGAGGAGGAGCUUGUAAGGAAUUUAGGAAAGGAAGGAAGCAGGGCAUGUACUAGUACUACUAUGUCAUUUAAUUUUUAUUGGUUAUUGUUACUAUCUUGCAGUACUACUAGCUGUUUUUUGUAGUACAUAAAUUUAGUCAUG